AUGGUGAAAGCAGCUUUCUUGGGCUUGUUGCCUGCCGUUAUGGCCAUCCCCGCAGCCGUUCCCGGUCCCGCACCAACGGUUUAUCGUAAAGAGGCAAUUCCAGCUCCAGCUGCUCAGCCUACGCAGGUCAUGGACCUCCAGCGACGCGACAUCAUUGGCGAUGUGGAGACUUAUGUCGGGAGUCUUGUUAGUGGUGUUGAGACAAAGAUCAAGGGAUGGGUCAAUUCAGGCAUCCUCGACUUUCCAACUGGUUUCCCUACCGGCGAUGCUGUUAAGAAGUCAGCAGGCGUCGACGACGAUGAUUUGAAAGCCGAGCCAACACAGGUUCUAAAUAUUCCCCCAUACGGUAAUUGGACCAACAGGGGAUGGAACGUUCGAGUGCACGGCAAUGUUUACAAGAUCCCCAACCUGAGCCAGGAGAAAGUCGACGACCUCGCCAAUGUCUUCCUUAUCGACACGAGUGUUGACAAACUGUCCAAGUCUCAGCAAGCUCAGGCUCGAAAUGUGACGAGGUCUAUCUUUGUGGUGCAACAGGACAAUGUUGAGGUCAAGAUGAACUUUGUGAACAAUGUUGAUGUGUCCCCCGACGAGAGCGGUGGUGCAAUUGAUGCGAGGGGAGGUUCGCAAAACAUCACCAUGCCAUACAACACAACUCUGGAGGGCGACUUUGACGCUUUCGUCGUGCUUAAGAACAUCACAGACCCCAACAAUGGCUAUUUGAUCCCCGGCAACGAAACCUCCAAGAUCCAGACCCUCAAUGUUUAUGCUGAGGGUAAGAACAACAGUGGAAACGCAACCGCUUACCUCGUACCACCCAAGGGUAUCACUAUUGUCUCUGACAUCGACGAUAUUUUGCGAGUGACAAAGAUCUACGAGCCAAAGGAGGGUCUUCUCAACACUUUUGCUCGACCUUUCACUCCAUGGAUGAACAUGCCUGACAUUUACGCCAACUGGUCGUCUUCAGUGAGGGACUUGCACUUCCACUAUCUCACUACGACACCUGAGCAGGCCACUCGUAACUACAUGAGCUUCAUCUACAACACCUACCCACUGGGCUCUUUCGAUACCCGCCCACUAAACUUCUCAGACGUCUCAGCGACACUGUCCAUCCGUCGCUUCUUGCUCGAUAAGGUCUUCCAGACCUUCCCUGAUCGCAAGUUCAUCCUCGUCGCCGACACCAGCAACUCAGACGUAAUGAAGGACUACCCAGCGAUGUACAAGGACUAUCCUGGCCAAGUGCAGUGCAUCCUUCUGCGCAACACCAGCUCCACUGACAGCGGUGACAAGUUCCCGUAUAAUACCAAGGGCUUCAAGGACAUUCCUCAGAAGAACUACAUGUUCUUCCACGUGCCUGACGACAUCGCCAAGAUUGACAUUGCUAACGGCGGGUGCUACAACAGCUCCAUCAAGCAGAACGUUACUUUUGACUACCAGGGUCUUCCUUUUGGUUUGAGCGACGAUGAUAAUGCCGCUGCGGGUGUUGCACCUAGGUUAGGAAUGAUUGUCGCAGGACUGAUUGCUGCUUGUAUGGCGAUGAUGGUUUAG